AGCUGCAGCCUCCUCGCCUGAUUGCCAGCCUUGUUGCGAGUGAUCACCGCCUGCCUGCCGUCUCCUGCCAAAACCGCACGCCCACCCCGGCUGCCGCUGUGCGGCCGCAUCCGCAGCCUGCCACGACACGACACGCCCCUUCGGCCUCCCCGUCUCCCCGCGCGGCCGUGUGCGACCGUGGGCGAGAGGUCAAGGGGCUCCCCGCCGCGGCUGCCGCCCGCCGUGCCAGUUCCCUAGCUAGCAGCUAGCUACGCGCCGCGCGCGUCCGGUCGACCGGGGUUGGAGCGGGCAUGGGUCGCGCGCCGUGCUGCGACAAAACGAGCGUGAAACGGGGGCCGUGGUCGCCGGAGGAGGACGAGCUGCUGCGGAGCUACGUCCAGAACCACGGCACCGGCGGCAACUGGAUCGCGCUCCCGCACAAAGCAGGGCUGAACCGGUGCGGCAAGAGCUGCCGGCUGCGGUGGCUCAACUACCUGCGCCCGGACAUCAAGCACGGCGGCUACACGGAGCAGGAGGACCGGAUCAUCUGCUCCCUCUACAACUCCAUCGGCAGCAGGUGGUCCAUCAUCGCCUCCAAGCUGCCGGGCCGGACGGACAACGACGUCAAGAACUACUGGAACACCAAGCUCAAGAAGAAGGCCAUCGCCAUGCACAGCCAGCAGCAGCAGGAGUACUACAUCCACCACCAGCAACAGCAGCACGGCUCGGGCGGCCGCGCCCGGCGCGGCGCCGGCACACCCCGGAGCCAAUGCGCCUCCAUGCAGCCGUCGCCUGCGUCUGCCUCGUCCGCGGCCACCGCCGCCAGCCCCGGCGACGCGGCCUGCAGCUUCGGACCCAUGUACUCCUCCCCGUCGACGCUGCCGCAGGCGACCGCGGUGCUCGCGCGCUAUGACGGCGCGGCAACGGCGCGACUUCCGCCGCCGCCGCCGCAGCAGCAGCAGCAAGCGUCUUCCCUCGCGGAGUUCUCCCACACCCCGCCGCAACAGGCCGCCGCCGCCGCCGCCGCCACCAUCAACACCUGGGCCGGUGGCCUGGCUAUCGACGACAUGUUCCUGCCCGAGCUCCUCGGGGUCGGCGACUUCCCGCCCGGCGACAUCUUCGGCGGCGGGCUCGCGCCGCUGCUCCAGGACAGGGGGGCGUCGUCCCUCCAGGAGCUCGCAGCGUGCUACUUCCCCAGCGCGCAGGCGGCGGAGAUGUGGGCGGCCGCGGAGCACGUCAAGCCGCCGCCGCCGGCCGGCCUGUGCCACAGCUUGACCUGACCGAGAGAGGGUGCACUAACGCUCCGCCGUCCAUCCGCGGAAGCUCCGGCAAUGACUCACGCGGCUAGCUAGCUAGCUAGCUCCUGGCUGUCGUCCCCGUGUCCAUGGAUCUCUCCCAUGAGGUCAUUACACAUGUACAUUAUCUUAUGGUCUGUGGCUACUAGCACCGUACCAUGCCAUAGAGGAAAUUAUUAGUCGAUGUGGAUUGAUGCCAAAUCGCCAUUGCUCUGUCGUCCCCGUGUCCAUGGAUCUCUCCCAUGAGGUCAUUACACAUGUACAUUAUCUUAUGGUCUGUGGCUACUAGCACCGUACCAUGCCAUAGAGGAAAUUAUUAGUGGAUGUGGAUUGAUGCCAAUUCGCCA